AUGCUGAUUUAUCUCUUCGUGGCGCAAACAAUUCCUGUUCUGCGCCACGAGGAUAAUCCAUACACUGUUCUUGGCUUAAGACCAGAUGCUUCACUCGAAGAUAUACAGUUUGCCUAUGAAAAAUUACUUCGAUUAUAUCGUGAUACAGAUAAUGAUGAUUUAUUCAGCGAAAACCUUAACAAAAUUACAGAGGCAUAUGAAAUACUAACAAAUCCUGAUCGUCGAUAUAUAUUUGAUCAUUACCGAAUAACAUCACACGAAAAGAUCAAAACAACUCGACAAAAAGCUACAGAUUUUGUAUCAAAAAUCAGAAAUAUCGGACGUGGUGACUUUUUUCGAGAAUACAAUCCAAAUCCUGUAAAUUAUUUUACACCACUAUAUGUUUCCCAAGAUCCUGAAGGGUUAUUACAAUUAAAUGACAGAUGCUUUGUGCUUGCAUAUAGCGAGAAUGACUAUAAUUCAUCAUUUGAUUAUGGAAGAGCAUUUGAGAGCGCUGCUCUUGACUUUUCUCCGUAUUUUUCUUUCUGGAGGAUCUCGCUUGAACAUAUGGGCGGCUGGUUUUUCGAUGCUUACAAAAUAAAUCACAGACCAGGAGUUGCUUACCUCAAAAGAAACAGCCAGAACAAAGUCGUCGUGAAAAAGACAAUUAGAACAACAGAUAAAGACAUUCUAAAGAAAUGGAUUACGAAUUUGACACCAGAUCAUAUUUUGAAAGUGUCAGAUGUAGAAGAAGCAGCAAAAUGGGUGAAAUCUGAACCAUACCAUACACAUAUUAUCUCAUUUGCCUACUCAGAAACGCCUCCUUUCUUUUUGCGAGCGAUGUCAUUUAAUUAUCCAACAAUUCGCUUUGCAUAUUUGAGAAAUGAGUCAGCUCUUUCGCAUUCUAAAUGGAAUUAUACGAAGUUUCCAACGACGCUUGUGUUUAGAGGUGGAAAUUCAUUUGAAUAUCGAGGAAAUAUAAGUUUAAACAUGCUGAGUGGGUAUUACUAUAGUCCUUUUGUUUGGAAAUUAAUGUGGGAGCACCAGAAUUUCUUAUUAUAUUGCGGAACUCGCAAAUAUCCAUUUAAUUAUUCUUUACACGUGACAAUUACAGAUCCAUCAUCUCUUUUCGCUUGGCUGAUCAAUGUAAAAGAUGGAGAUUGGAGAUAUAUAGACUCAAAUGCGCGGUUAAUGUAUAAUAUCGAUGAAAAUGGAGAUCCAGUUGGAAAACCUGUUAAACUGCCAUUUAUUGGUGGCUUAAUAGCUGCUCUCAGUUCAUCACACAUUAUGACUUCAAACAAACAAAUUAAUUGGUCAAUUUUUAUAAUUAUUAUUGGUUAUAUUAUUCAUUUAUGUUUUAGAGAUUAA